AUGUGUUCUUAUCCAAUGGAACAUGGUAUCGUCACUAAUUGGGAUGAUAUGGAAAAGAUUUGGCAUCAUAUAUUUGUUAAUCACCUUCGAAUUAAACCUGAAGAACAUCCAAUUCUUCUUACUGAAGCACUACUUAAUCCGAUAGGUAAUCGUGAGAAAAUGACACAAAUUUUAUUUGAACAUUUUCAUGUGCCUGCCAUGUAUGUAUCUACACAGAGUAUCCUUUCACUUUAUUUCUUGGGUCGAACAUCUGGUAUAGUUGUUGAAAGUGGUGAUGGUGUUACACAAAUAAUACCUAUUGAUGAAGGUUAUCGUAUUACAAAUGCAAUUAGCCGUCUCGAUUUGGGUGGACGAGAUCUGACAAAUUGGAUGACAAGACUAUUGGCUGAGCGUGGUUAUUCAUUUGCAACAGCUGCUGAGCGUGAAAUUGUUCGAGAUAUCAAAGAAAAACACACCUAUGUUGCAUUCGAUUUCGAACAAGAACUGGCAACAGCGAAAGAUUCAAAAAAAAUCAAACAAAGUUAUCAUUUACCGGAUGGUCAAGAAUUAACAAUUGACAGUGAACGUUUUCAAUGUCCUGAAGCACUCUUUCAACCAAGAAUGAUUGGCCAACAAGAAUUAGGGAUUGUUGAACUUUUGCAUAGUUCAAUAAUGAGAUGUGACGUAGAUUUACGAUCUACUUUUUAUUAUACUAUUAUGGUAUGUGGCGGAAAUACAAUGAUUCCUGGGUUUAUCAAUCGAAUGCAAAAAGAAAUGAGAGCAAAAGUUCCAUCAGACAAAAAAGUUCGAGUAGUUGAUGCACCAGGUCGACAAUAUUCUGCAUGGAUUGGCGGUUCAGUUUUUGCUUCAAUUUCUGCAUUUCAAGCAAUGUGGAUUUCCAAACAAGAAUAUGAUGAGUCUGGUCCAUCGAUUGUACAUAGAAAGCCAAUUGUGAUUGAUAAUGGUUCUAGCGUUAUCAGAGCUGGUUUUGCUGGAGAUGAUACACCACAAGUAAUACUUCAAAAUGUCAUUCGUCAUCGACGACAUAAUUCACUACAGCCAGAUACAAGUUACAGUGAUUAUUUUGUUGGAAAUAAACUAUUCAAAGAUAGAGGUACGUCACUCAACUGUUCUUAUCCAAUGGAACAUGGUAUUGUCACUAAUUGGGAUGAUAUGGAAAAGAUUUGGCAUCAUAUAUUUGUUAAUGAUCUUCGAAUUAAACCUGAAGAACAUCCAAUUCUUCUUACCGAAGCAUUACUUAAUCCGUUAGGUAAUCGUGAGAAAAUGACACAAAUUUUGUUUGAACAUUUUCAUGUGCCUGCCAUGUAUGUAGCUAUGCAGAAUAUCCUUUCUCUUUAUGCAAGUGGAAGGGGAGCUGGUAUAGUUGUUGAAAGUGGUGAUGGUGUUACACAAAUAAUGCCUAUCAAUGAAGGUA